GAAACAUCCUCAACCUCGCCGCUAAUGCCUUGAGGGGUAUAUAAAUGCCGAGUGCUGCCGGGCUUGAUAAACACUUACCAGUCAACGAUUAUUGCUGCAGCAUGUUCCCAUCUUUGAUAGCAGUAAUUGCGCUUGCAGCGUGUGCUGUUGCGGCACCGGCUGAUGAACCAAUUCCCAUUGUUUCCCAAGAAUCAGAUGGACCAAAUCCCGAUGGUUCAUAUAGUUGGAAAUAUGAAACUGGAAAUGGAAUAAAAGCCGAGGAAAGUGGACAGGUGAAAAAUGCUGGUUCAGAAAAUGCCGCUGUCGAAGCACAAGGUUCGGUAUCAUAUAAAAAUAAUGAGGGUCAAGAAAUUUCAUUAACAUAUAUCGCAAAUGAAAAUGGCUUUCAACCAGAGGGUGCACAUUUACCAACAUCACCACCAAUACCAGCGGCAAUUCAAAGAGCACUCGAAUGGAUAGCCGCUAAUCCAUCAAAGGAGGAUCAAAAUAAUGUUUAAAUUUAUACAAAAAAACACACAUUUUACUUUUUCAUUUUUAUAUAGGACCUGCGAUCUCAAAAACUGACCUUGAUUAUUGAUAUAUUUGAUGAUUAUAUCGCCAUGUCCCUUGUAUGAAUAUUUUUCAAUUUGUUAUAUUAUAUAAAGGACUGGUAAUUUAUUGUUGUACAUAUUUAUUUUUUUUUUUAUCUAUAACUUGUAUUUUUAGUGAUUUUUUUUAUUACCGCCUAUUAUUAAAUAUAUUAAUAUAUUUUUACUAUACCACUAUUUCUACGAGAGGGAUGUACUUCAACAAAAAUAAAUACUGCGUUCGGUGAGAA